ACGCAAGAGGAGGUUGGGGUGGAAUGGGGGUGCUGCGAAAGAACUGGGCUGUAACCCGCUGCAGAGCGCUGACCACGCCCCUCUAGGUGAGUUAGCCCAGGUACUCUGGACAGGUUCUGUCCAGCCCGCCCUCUCCCUAUCUUCCUUUAGCAGUAACCCUCCUCCCCACCCCCCAGGACUGAGGAAGGGUAGAAAAGGUAGAGGACGCCUCCCCCACCCUACUCCCCGCCGCGCUCCAGGGCUGUUUGCUUGCAGCUCCCAGGUGGUCACACUCCCUGCACCUGGGGAGCUAGCUCCCAGGCACGUGAAGAACGGAAAGGAGCCUGUUUCCUACUCCACCCUGGGUUCUCUUGAAGCCACUCUACAGUCCUGUCAUGACUGCGUCACCCCCUGUCGAAAAUGUCUCCAUUAGCUGCCCUGUCCCCACUCCCCAAACAGGUUGGUCCUGUUGGGGUAGGGGAAUGGUUAAGUACCGAUUGAACCUGACACUCCAGGAUAGCCCCGGGGAGAGGCCAGCGACCUAACCUCUCCUGCUCCCCCCUCUUUUCUUUCCAACCACUUUCCCUCACAUCCCCUGCUGGGAAACCGGCUUCACCCUGAUCCUGAUCUCUGCCCCUCUGUGGGUGGCUGGUUAUCCUUGACCAGCUUCUGUUCCAGCUGGUCCCAGGGUCACUGUUGGAGUGCUAGAUGGAGCCUUUCUCUGUCCUCUGUGACAUUUCCAAUUUUAGAUAAUGCCUCACAUCUCUGUCCCCCCGGGACCUCCUGGAGCCCCCAUGAUCCAGAAGAAGACAGCUUGAACCUAGACCUCACCCCAGGAUGUUGCGGAGGCUGUUGGAGAGGCCCUGUACACUGGCCCUGCUUGUGGGCUCCCAGCUGGCCGUCAUGAUGUACCUGUCACUGGGGGGCUUCCGAAGCCUCAGUGCCCUAUUUGGCCGAGAGCAGGGGCCGACAUUUGACUAUUCUCAUCCCCAUGAUGUCUACAGUAACCUCACUCACCUGCCUGGAGCCCCUGCUGCCCCAGGGGGCCCUCCAGCUCCUCAAGGUCUGCCAUACUGUCCAGAACGAUCUCCUCUCUUAGUGGGUCCCGUGUCCGUGUCCUUUAGUCCAGUGCCGUCGCUGGCAGAGAUUGUGGAGAGGAAUCCCCGAGUGGAACCGGGGGGCCGGUACCACCCCGCAGGGUGUGAGCCCCGCUCCAGAACAGCCAUCAUUGUGCCCCACCGUGCCCGGGAGCACCACCUGCGCCUGCUGCUCUACCACCUGCACCCCUUCUUGCAGCGCCAGCAGCUUGCUUACGGCAUCUAUGUCAUCCACCAGGCUGGAAAUGGAACAUUUAACAGGGCAAAGCUGCUGAAUGUUGGAGUGCGGGAGGCCCUGCGUGAUGAAGAGUGGGACUGCCUGUUCUUGCAUGAUGUUGACCUCCUGCCAGAGAAUGACCACAAUCUGUAUGUGUGUGAUCCCCGGGGACCCCGGCAUGUUGCUGUUGCCAUGAACAAGUUUGGAUACAGCCUCCCGUACCCCCAGUACUUUGGAGGGGUCUCGGCGCUCACUCCUGACCAGUACCUGAAGAUAAAUGGCUUCCCCAAUGAAUAUUGGGGCUGGGGUGGUGAAGAUGACGACAUUGCUACCAGGGUACGCCUGGCUGGGAUGAAGAUCUCUCGCCCCCCCACGUCUGUGGGACACUAUAAGAUGGUGAAGCACCGAGGAGAUAAGGGCAACGAGGAAAAUCCACACAGAUUUGACCUCCUGGUCCGUACCCAGAAUUCAUGGACGCAAGAUGGGAUGAACUCACUGACCUACCGAUUGCUGGCUCGAGAGCUGGGCCCUCUCUAUACCAAUAUCACAGCAGACAUUGGAACAGACCCUCGGGGUCCUCGGACUCUCUCUGGUCCCCGUUACCCACCUGGUUCCUCCCAGGCCUUCCGUCAAGAGAUGCUGCAGCGCCGGCCCCCAGCCAGGCCUGACCCGCCACCUACUGCCAACCACACAGCCCCCCAUGGUUCACACUGACUCCUCCUUCCUGCCUACCU